GUGUUCGCUGUUCUGGAGUCUCUCAUUAUCCAACCCAAUUUUGUGUGUUACAAGAUUUAACCUGAAGCUAUUGAAUAAUCCGUUUCUUCUUCUUCUAUUCUUUCUAGAUUCUGAACUUUGAUAUACAGACGACCACCAAGAUGCCGACAUUCACAGUCUUCAAGGGCUCCAAGGAGGGCAAGAUUAUCAAGGGCCAAACCACCAAGCCCGAUCUCCAAGAUGACCAAGUCCUCAUCAAGGUCACCGCCUCGGGCGUCUGCGGCACAGACGAGCACUACAAGCACGCCGACAUGGCGCUCGGCCAUGAGGGCGUCGGCGUAAUCGAAGACAUCGGCCCCAAAGUCAAGGUACUCAAAAAGGGUGACCGCGUCGGCUGGGGCUACGAGCACAACUCGUGUGGGCACUGCGAAAAGUGCCUCACAGGCCGCGAGACGUACUGCCCAGAGCGCGAAAUGUACGGCAUGGCGAACCUCGACCAAGGCAGCUUCGCCUCGCACGCCGUCUGGCGCGAAGCCUUCGUUUUCAAGGUCCCCGACGAGCUUACAGACGCCGAAGCCGCACCCCUCAUGUGCGGCGGCACCACCGUCUUCAACGCCCUCCACGCCUACAACGUACGCCCGACCCAACGCGUCGGCGUCAUGGGCAUCGGCGGCCUCGGCCACCUGGCCAUCCAGUACGCGUCGAAAAUGGGCUGUGACGUCGUCGUCUUCUCGGGCUCCGACUCCAAGAAAGACGAAGCAAUGCGCCUCGGCGCUAAGGAAUUCAUUGCCAUGAAGGGUGCCACUGAGCUUUCCGUCUCGCGCAAAGUCGACGUCCUACUCGUUACCACAUCUGUGACGCCCGACUGGAAACUUCUGAUCCCAGUGCUGAACACAAAUGCGACCAUUUUCCCCUUGACGGUGUCGGAUGGCGACUUUACGUUUCCCCAGAUGCCGCUGAUUGCGAAUGGCAUUACGGUUCAAGGUAGCGUGGUUGCGGCGCGCCAGGUGCAUAGGGAGAUGUUGGCGUUCUCGGCGCUGCAUGGAAUCAAGCCGAUUAAUAUGGAGUUUCCGAUGAGUGAGGAGGGGAUUGAGGAGGCGAUGAAGGUGUUGAGGGAGGGCGGCAUGCGGUACAGGGGUGUGCUUGUGCCCCGGCAGUAGGAGAGGGAUAGAGAGACAUAAUGAUACUAAGAGUUACGAAUUUCAUUUGUUUUGUAGAAUCGAAAUGGAGAUACUUGCAUGGCAUUACUGAGUGCGUAAAUUUCCAGUGGA